CCCGGGCGCGCGUGCUGGGGAGCGGGGGCGCCUUUAAGCCGAGCAGGACUACAUUUCCCGGGGCGCCCGAGCCGCGCUGACGCAGCCCCCUCCUUGUCUCCCCCUCCCCCGCGGGGAGGCGCAGGGCGGGCGGGGGGAGGUGACUUGAUGUCAUUCUGAGCAGCUGGGGCGGCCGGUGCAGGCAGGCAGGCGGAGCGCACGGAGCUCCCGGCCCCCUCCCCGCCGCCCGCCAGCGCCCCCCAGAGCCGGGAGCGGGGCCCCCGGAGUCGCAGGGGCCACACGGGAAGGGGGGACCAGCAGCAGCUCCGGGGAGCGCCCCUUCCUUCCUCUGCCUGCGAUUGGCCCCCAGGACCCAGGCGCUCGGAGCUCCCGGCACGCACCCCGAUCCCGGGCUCAGCCCCAGCCCUGGCCCCAGCCCGGCCCCGGGAGGGGGCGGUGUGUGCCGUGGGGGAUGCCCCAGCGCUCACAGGGGACCCCCGGCCUCGGGUUUCCCCAGCUGGGGCGAACACCCAGGGGUGCUGCCUCUCUGCUCCCCAGCCCAGGCCAGAGUGGGGCCAGCCCCUCGCCGCCCUGCACCCCCCGCCUCUGAGGGGGGGUUCUAGCUAAGGGGCCCACCCAGCCUCAGGGGGCCCCCCACACCUGGGUCCCCAGGAGGAUCUUUCUACCUCGACUUUCCCUCAAUAAGAACUCCGUAACCAGCUUCUCCUGCCCCUCCCCCAAGGGCCGGACACCUGAGGACCCCCCCUCUUCCAGCUGCCCCCCAGGGACUGACUGGAUUCCUGGUAGGGCCCUGGGGGGGCAAGGGGAGUAGCACUUGUACCAGAGCCCCCUUGCCUGGUCCAUCCCCUGGCCAGGAUGGGUCAGCCUGGGGCUCCUCGUUAGCCAGGACUUUACCCAGCAUCCUCUUGGCAGAGUGGGCAUCUGGGGGAGGGGGCCCUGCCGGCCUUCCCGCGGCCCGACACCGCUGCCCCCCGGCCACCAUGGACACCAAGCUGCCCCCGGCGAGCACCCCGACCAGCCCUUCGUCCCCCGGGCUGUCUCCAGUGCCCCCGCCAGACAAAGUAGACGGCUUUUCUCGGCGGUCCCUCCGGCGUGCCCGGCCCAGGCGGUCCCACAGUUCUUCCCAGUUCCGAUACCAGAGCAACCAACAGGAGCUCACGCCCCUGCCACUGCUCAAGGACGUGCCAGCCUCGGAGCUGCACGACCUGCUGAGCCGGAAGCUGGCCCAGUGUGGGGUCCUCUUUGACUUCCUGGAUUGUGUGGCUGACCUGAAGGGGAAGGAGGUGAAGCGAGCGGCCCUCAAUGAGCUGGUGGAGUGCGUGAGGGGCACCCGGGGCGUCCUCAUUGAGCCCGUGUACCCCGAUAUCAUCCGCAUGAUCUCCGUGAAUAUCUUUCGAACGCUGCCACCCAGCGAGAAUCCCGAGUUCGACCCAGAAGAGGAUGAACCCAACCUAGAGCCUUCCUGGCCCCACCUGCAGCUGGUCUAUGAGUUUUUUCUACAUUUCUUGGAGAGUCCAGACUUCCAACCCUCAGUGGCCAAGAGAUACGUGGAUCAGAAGUUCGUGUUGAUGCUCCUGGAGCUGUUCGACAGCGAGGAUCCCCGAGAGCGCGAGUACCUCAAAACCAUCCUGCACCGGGUCUACGGCAAGUUCCUGGGCCUUCGAGCCUAUAUCCGAAAGCAAUGCAACCACAUCUUCCUUCGGUUCAUCUACGAGCUGGAGCAUUUCAAUGGCGUGGCCGAGCUGCUGGAGAUCCUUGGGAGCAUCAUCAAUGGGUUUGCUUUGCCCCUGAAGACGGAGCACAAACAGUUCCUGGUCCGUGUGCUGAUCCCCCUCCAUUCGGUUAAAUCACUGUCCAACUUCCAUGCCCAGCUGGCAUAUUGCGUAGUACAAUUCCUGGAAAAGGAUGCCACCCUGACCGAGCAUGUGAUCCGGGGAUUGCUAAAAUACUGGCCUAAAACCUGCACGCAGAAGGAGGUGAUGUUCCUGGGGGAGAUGGAGGAGAUUCUGGACGUCAUCGAGCCCUCCCAGUUUGUCAAGAUUCAAGAGCCCCUCUUCAAACAGGUUGCCCGAUGUGUCUCCAGCCCCCACUUCCAGGUUGCAGAGCGGGCUCUGUAUUUCUGGAACAAUGAGUACAUCCUGAGCCUCAUUGAGGACAAUUGCCACACUGUGCUGCCCGCUGUGUACGGGACCCUCUACCGAGUCUCCAAAGAGCACUGGAACCCGACCAUCGUGUCCCUCAUCUACAACGUGCUCAAGACCUUCAUGGAGAUGAAUGGAAAGCUCUUCGACGAGCUCACGGCUUCCUACAAAGUGGAGAAGCAGCAGGAGCAGCAGAAGGCCCGGGAACGGCAGGAGCUGUGGAAAGGCCUGGAGGAGCUCCGGCUGCGGAGGCUCCAGGGGGCGGACGAAGCCUCGCUGCAUCGGCUGGGGGCCAGGCCGGCUCCAGGAGGGGAGCAGAGCUAGAGAGACCCCCCACCCCGCCACCUACACACCACACAGGCACUUGAACCAUUCAUCCCAGCCCCACUGCUCCCUGCCCCCUACCCUGCCCGCCCGCCCGCCGCCCGUGGGUGCCAGCCCUGGGGGGAGGGAAGGCCCUGGGGCAUCUGGGGGGCAGAGCUCUCUGGCCAUCCCCAACGGACUUGAUGGGCCAAGGGCCCCGGGAGCCGGCAGCGAGGGGUUGGCACCCCCAGGCUGGGCUCCGGUAGCUUCACCCCUCCCACGUCACCCCCACAGACCCCGGACCCCUCCCCAGGACCCUGGGAGCACCUCGUGCCAGCGCGAGGGCCCUCCCUCUCCCUGCCCAACCCACGGCCUCCGGGAUAUAUUUAUUGCCCUCCCCCAGCCUCAGUCUUGGGGUGCCCCCUCCCCCUGCAAAACUUCUUCCUCUUUUUAUUUAUGGGCAGGGAGAGGGGGCUCCCGAGGUCCUGGGGAGGGGGUCCCACACCAAUCACGCCCUGCUCCCCCUUCCCACUCUUGGGGGUGGGUUGAAUAAAGAGAGAAACUGCA